ACUAUUUUUCUACAUACGUGGAGGAUCAGUUUAUAAAACUUAACGCACCAAAGCAACCUUACUCUCUGGACCAAAGUACAUUCAGAUGUUGGCACGCAUGUUUAAAGCCCGCCAAAAUAUCGAAGAGUGAGCAGGACAUGACACAAACAGCGACAGAUAAUUUGGGCUGAUUUGGGUGCUAUAGUUAUCAUAAAUAUUGUGGUCAGAUUGUGGUUUCGGUGAAACACGAAACAGUAAAGUGAAUGAUGUGUUUAGUACGAAGGUUAGAAUAAGUAGAUUAGGGAAAAGUUAUUGUGUAUAUCGUUUUCAAGAUGGUUUUGCAAAACAGUGGCAAAUACCGAUCAGAGAAAAAAGAUACUGGAAAGUCAUCGGGGGGGUCGAGAGAGGAUACAUCAGAAUUACGAAUUAGAGAAGCUCAGGAAAAUGAUGUUAUUGACGCAAAGUAUGGUUUUGAAAGAGUUUCUGAUCACUGUGAACGUGUGGGCUUCCUCAUUAACAUGCACACGACUGAAAUAUUGGAUGAAGAUAGGAAACUUGUUAGUGCUGUUGACUACUAUUUUAUUCAAGAAGAUGGAAGUCGCUUUAAAGCAUCCUUACCCUACAGGCCAUAUUUUUAUAUUCUUCCAAAAAAGGAUUGUAUUCAGGAAGUUAUUGGAUAUCUUACAAAGAAAUUCAGUGGUUUAUUACUGAAAGUAGAAGUUGUUAGUAAGGAAGAUCUUGAUUUACCAAACCAUCUGAUAGGUCUGAAGCAAAAAUUUAUAAAACUUGCUUUUGCUACGGUUAAUGAUCUUGUGAAAGUGCGUAAAGAUAUAGCAACAGCUGUAAAAAAGAACCAAGAAAGAGAAAAGAACAACACAUAUUACACAGAAAUGUUGACUUCAGCAUUAGCUACUAAAGGUGAUGCAGGAAUAAGUAAGAAAAUUACAGAUCAAAUGGAAAACAUUCUUGACAUAAGAGAAUAUGAUGUUCCAUACCACAUAAGAGUUUCUAUUGACAACAAAAUAUUUUGUGGUUCAUGGUAUUCUGUCAAAAGUAGAGGCACAGAAAAUCCUAUUAUUACCAAAAGGGAUGAUAUUAUCGAAAGACCUGACCUAAUUGUCCUUGCUUUUGACAUUGAAACUACUAAACUGCCAUUGAAAUUUCCUGAUUCUAACACUGAUCAGAUAAUGAUGAUAUCAUAUAUGAUUGAUGGACAGGGUUAUUUGAUUACAAAUCGUGAAAUAAUAGCUGCUGAAAUAGAGGAUUUUGAGUACACACCUAAACCAGAGUUUGAGGGCAUGUUUACAAUUUUUAAUGAAGAAAAUGAAGUGGCACUAUUGCGGUGCUUUUUUAAUCACAUAAAUGAGAUAAAGCCUCAUGUAUUUGUGACUUACAAUGGAGACUUCUUUGACUGGCCAUUUGUAGAAACUAGAGCAGCAUUUCAUGAAAUUGAUAUGAAACAACAAAUUGGUUGGGUAAAACGAGAUUCGUAUUUACCAGUUGGUUCCCAAGGGUUAAAAGCUGUGGCGAAAGCAAAAUUGCGUUAUGAUCCUGUUGAGUUAGAUCCAGAAGAUAUGUGUAGGCUGGCUUCUGAACAACCUCAGGUUUUAUCAAACUACUCAGUGUCUGAUGCUGUAGCCACAUAUUACCUAUACAUGAAAUAUGUUCAUCCUUUUAUUUUUGCAUUGUGUACUAUAAUUCCUCUGGAACCUGAUGAAGUCUUGCGUAAAGGAUCUGGAACUUUGUGUGAAUCCUUGCUCAUGGUGGAAGCAUUUCAUGCAAAUAUAAUAUUUCCUAACAAACAACAGGCAGAGUACAAUAAGCUGACAGAAGAUGGACAUGUACUUGAUCAGGAAACCUAUGUUGGUGGCCAUGUGGAAGCUUUAGAAUCUGGGGUAUUUCGAGCAGAUAUACCAUGCCGAUUCAAGUUGGUUCCAGAGGCUUUUGACACUUUAAUGAGUGGUGUUGAAGGUGCCAUGAAACAUGCAAUUGAAGAGGAAGAAAAUAUUCCUAUGGACCUAGUUGUAAAUUUUGAUGAAGUUGUUUCAGAAAUUAAAGAAAAAUUAAAACACCUGAAAGAAAACCCUAUUCGGAAUGAGAAGCCUAUUAUAUACCAUUUAGAUGUUGGUGCAAUGUACCCAAACAUUAUUCUAACAAACCGCUUGCAACCAUCGGCUAUGGUUGAUGAGACAGUCUGUGCCGCAUGUGACUUCAAUAGGCCUGGAGCUGCAUGUCAACGUAAAAUGGCAUGGAUGUGGAGAGGCGAAUGCAUGCCUGCUUCUCGUAAUGAAUUCCAUCGAAUACAGCAGCAGCUGGAGACUGAGAAGUUUCCUCCCCAGUUUCCAGGAGGUGCAAUGCGAGCUUUUCAUGAGCUCACUACUGAAGAACGAGCAACUUAUGAAAAGAAACGGUUAACAGAAUACUGCCGCAAAGCAUACAAGAAAGUUCAUGUGACUCGUAUAGAGGAGCGUUACACAACUAUUUGUCAAAAAGAGAACAGUUUUUAUGUUGAUACAGUGCGAGCAUUUCGGGACCGUCGUUAUGAGUAUAAAGGACUCAGUAAGGUAGCUAAAAGAGAAGUAGCUGAGGCUGUUGCAAAAAAAGAUGCUGCAGAAAUAAAGUCUGCAAAAAACAAAGAAGUACUAGCACGAUGGCAUAGUAUGGAAAUGGCAGGCAUUGUAUGCUACACUGGGGCUAAUAUUAUUACAAAAGCUCGAGAGAUAGUAGAGCAAGUAGGACGACCAUUAGAACUCGAUACCGAUGGUAUAUGGUGUGUAUUGCCCGAGUCAUUUCCUGAAAAUUUUGUUAUUCAUUCUCUCCAUCCUAAAAAGUCAAAAGUCACUAUUUCCUACAUUAAUGCUGUUUUAAAUCGAAUGGUGAAGGAUCAUUUCACCAAUGAUGCAUACCAUGAACUUGUAAAUCCUAAAACUUUGGAGUACAAGCAACGCAGUGAAAAUUCUAUUUUCUUUGAGGUGGAUGGGCCUUAUUUGGCUAUGGUCUUACCAGCAUCUAAGGAAGAAGGGAAAAGACUAAAGAAGAGAUAUGCUGUUUUCAAUUUUGAUGGAUCUUUAGCAGAAUUAAAAGGUUUUGAGGUGAAACGCCGAGGAGAAUUGCAGUUAGUAAAGAUUUUUCAGUCAUCUGUAUUUGAAGCUUUUCUUAAAGGAGAUUCUUUAGAGAAGUGUUAUGAGAAUGUAGCAAAAGUAGCAGAUUAUUGGUUGGAUGUCUUGUACAGUAAGGCUUGCAACAUGCCAGAUUCUGAAUUAUUUGAAUUGAUUGCUGAAAACCGCUCCAUGUCUCGCAAAUUAGAAGAUUAUGGUGGUCAGAAGUCAACAUCCAUUUCCACUGCAAAACGUUUAGCAGAAUUUUUGGGAGAUCAAAUGGUAAAAGAUGCAGGUUUGGCAUGCAGAUAUAUUAUUUCAAAGAAGCCAGAAGGUGCACCUGUUACUGAGAGAGCCAUUCCACUUGCCAUCUUUCAAUCACAACCAAGUGUGAUGCGACACUACUUACGCAAAUGGCUUAAAGAUUCAUCAAUUUAUGAUGUGGAUAUCCGUGAUGUUUUGGAUUGGGAUUACUAUAUAGAAAGACUGGGAGGCACCAUUCAAAAAAUUGUGACUAUUCCAGCUGCAAUGCAAGGAAUUUCAAAUCCUGUGCCUCGUGUUAGGCAUCCUGAUUGGCUUCACAAGAAAUUGCUGGAGAAAAAUGAUACAUUGAAACAACGCAGGAUUAGUGAAAUGUUUACCAAGAAACCAAAGCCAUUAGAAUCUGAACAUCAAGAUGAAGAAGAAGAAGAAGAAAUCAUGGAUAUUGAAGAUAUUGCUGGUAAAGAUUCUAAUAGUGGAAGGACUCAAGGUCGUCCUGUUGUAAAUUCUGUGAAACGCAAGAGAGCUCCAUCUCCUAAUGAAGAUGAAAAUAUCACACGCAAUUGGAGAGAGGUUUUGGGAAAUCCUCCCUCAUAUGGCACCACAAAGGAGGAGCAUCAAUCUUGGGUUGAAUUCCAUAAGAAAAAAUGGGCUUUUCAAGCUCAGCAAAGAAUGGCUCGAAGCAAGCGUUCUUGCAUUGAGGAAGAAGGAAUUAUAAGAGUACAUGGAGGAGGCUCCAGAGAUCGUGAAGGAGUAAUCAGAAAUGCGGGGUUGGGUGGAACUUCCACAUUGGGUGGCUUUUUGCGCAAAGCUCAGCAAACACUUCUCAAUACUCCUUGGCAAAUACUGCAAGUUGUAGAAAUGAAUCAAUCAGGAAUAUUCAAAUUAUGGGCAUUAGUAGGUAAUGAACUGCAUCAAAUCAGGCUUCAAGUGCCUCGCAUUUUUUAUGUGAACCAGCGUAUUCCAAGGCCAGAACCUGAAUCAGGAACCCAGUGUUUUUGGAGAAAAUGUAAUCGCUUAUUACCUCGGUCUCGUCCUGUCUUUAACUUAGUACUCUUACGUUUGGGAUGUGUUUGUGCUGUGGAUAGAGAAGAAGCUCGUCGGAUUGCAACAUCUGGCACAAGGGAUGGUUCUAUUACAUUUUCAUUACAUCAGCUCCAAUUUCGAAGUUUGGCUCACCACUCCUACCUAAAGGCAAAAGAAAGUGGUUCCUGUGUGCAUCACGUAUUUUUGUAUCAUACAAAAGCACCUACUGGUCCAAGAGCUGUGUGGGGAUUAUUUUUGGUACCUGCUAAAAAAGCAUUUGUUUUUGUUCUUGAUUCAGUUCGAAAUAAUAACGUACCAAACAUGAAUAAAAUGUAUGAGGCUGAACGAAAUGAAAAAUUGAAAAGCACCAAAGAAGAAAAACAACUUCCACCUAGUGGCAUAGUUUUUGAUGUGCGGGCGGAAAUUAAUUUCAAGGUUGUAUAUCAACAAAUACAGAGGCUCCUACAAGAAUACAAAAAUGAGAAGAGAGGACCAACUUUAUUAGCAAUUCAAUCACCAAUUGAUGUACCUACACUGACAUCAUCCAUGCCUGCUCUGGGAGAGUUUCCUCAGGUUCCAAUUCAUGUAAAAGAUACAGAAGGAACUUGGGACUUAAACUGGCAACGUUCAGUGCCUCGUAGUAUGCUUCGUCAUUUUCUCAGUAGUGAAACUGCGCUUCAAGUUUCCAUUGAGCAAGCUCGCUACUUCCAUGUACCUAUAGGCAACAUACCAGCUGAUCCUACAUUAUUUGCAGCUGAUCUCUUCUAUGCAAGACAUCUAGUCAAAAACAAUUUUGUUUUGUGGUGUUCUCCAACUGAACGUCCUGACCUUGGAGGCAGAGAAGCAGAUGAUAACAGAUUACUGGCAGAAUUUGAAGAAGGAUCUAGUGUUGUUACUAACAAUUCUGGCUGCUACUCAACUUUUUGUGUUGAUUUAGACAUUGAUGGAUUAGCUGUUAAUACUCUAUUGCAGUCUCAUCAUGUUAAUGAUGUUGAAGGUACUAGUGCCGGUGUUUCUUUUGAUUCAAUUCCCCAAGCUUCUUUAGAAGAAAUGAUGGGAGCUCCUGGUGCUGUUCUUCCUACUUAUGAUGAAACUGCUCUGUGCAGCCCUGCCUUUCGAGUCCUCCGUUCAACAGUUGGGGCAUGGUUGAAAGAUGUCACUCUUCACAAAAAUGUAUUUGCUGACUUUCAAAUCCAGCAUUUCUAUAGGUGGCUGAGAUCUCCUAAUGCUCUGCUAUAUGAUCCUGCUCUGAAAAGAAAUCUUCACAAUUUAAUGAAAAAAUUGUUUAUGCAGCUUGUAGCAGAAUUCAAGAGACUGGGAUCUGUGAUUAUAUAUGCAAAUUUUAAUAAGAUACUAUUAAAUACUAAGAAACAAAAUAUUGAAGAUGCUAUUGGUUACAUUGAAUUUAUUGUUCAAAGUAUUAGGAAUAAAGAACUCUUUCAUAGCAUUGAAAUAUCAUAUCAACAUUGUUGGGAAUAUCUCAUGUGGUUAGAUCCGGUAAACCGUGCUGGAGUUCUAGGCAAAUUGCCAAAACAUGCAAGUAGUGCUGGAUAUGGUACCUUUUUGUCAUCAAAUACUCAGGAGGAAGAACUGAAUACAAAUGAAGAUGAAGAAGAGCCUUCAAUCAUCAUGAAUUGGAAUUUAGUGGAAUUCCUUCCCAACAUGGGAGGAUGCCGUGACUCAUUCCAUAAUGUUGUUGCUGGUUACAUCAGCAAUGUGUAUAUGCACCUUAAACAAACUGAAUAUCCUCAGACACCAGUACGUCGACGUGUUAACUUAAAUUUAAGUCAGCCUUCAACACAACCCACUGGUUUAGGAGGUUUUGCAGACACAGCUGAAUAUGCUAAACAGUUGAUAUCUGGGACUCUGGCACAAAAACUUUACAAAUGUACUGAAACAAUUCAAGAAAAGUAUCGUAAACAAGCAAAAUUAGGAGAGCAUGACCUAGAUGAAUCACUUAUUCCUGUUUUGUCUAGUUCAGAAGAAAACAAAAAACCAGCUUUAGAAUUUGUGAAAGCAAUAUGCAAGGUGUUGUCACUUGACCCUAGUGUGAAGGAAGAAGUCCUUAAUGUCAGGAGGAACAUGCUUCGAUUAUGUCGGAUUGGAGAAUUCAGUGAUGAAGCAGAGUGGCAGGACCCUUGCACAACAUACGUUCUCCCUGAGGUGAUCUGUAAAUCAUGUAAUCACUGUCGUGACAUAGAUCUCUGCAGAGAUAAUCAUCGAUCAGCAGUAAAUGACAUUCCUGUAUGGAAAUGCCCUUUAUGUGAUAAUAGUUAUGAUAAUUCAGAAAUAGAGUAUUUAUUAAUGGAAACGGUGAAGAGAAAAUCAAUGGCUUAUGUUUUACAAGAUGUCCAAUGCAAAAAAUGUCUUCAGAUCAAAAUGGAGAAUAUGUCAGAAUAUUGCAAGUGCACUGGAGAAUUUCAGACUCUCAUAAAGCAGCAAGAAUUACUUAAUCAGUUGAAGACUUUUAAAACUAUUGCAGAAAGUUUUAAGAUGCCAGUUUUAUUAGAAGCCACUGAUUGGGCACUGAGAAUGAAUUCUGGGAAGCCUGUUAAUGUUUAAUAAUCAGUGUAGUUAUUACUCUACGUGUAGGAAUAUUUUGAGCUAUAAAACUCAGUACUGAGUACUGUGAAGAAGUGCAAAAUUUACCUAAUCACUAAGACAAAUCUGUUUGGUCAGUUAUUAUUCACUUCUUCAGAUAAAAUAGUUGUAAGCUGAAAUUAUUUGUAUAGUUUUUAGUUAGGUUUAUGUAAUACAUAAGCUAUCUUAAAAAUCUGUGACAAUGUAACCAAGGUCUAUUUUAUGAAAUUGUAAGUAAGUUUGAAAUUUGAAGAAAAUAUAUACCUAUUUGAGAAUAUCGUCGUCGUCAUGAUCAGAAGAUAGAAGGUGUGUGUUCCUGUCCUAUUUGAAGACAAAUAGAUAAUUACCUAGAUCUAUAUGUCUGCUAACACAUGCCUGCUUUUACUUUCAGGGAAUCUAAAAUGUGAUUAUGCUUAAAUCUGUCAAUACACACUAUACGAAAUAGUAUUCGAGUAAAAAUCGUCUAAGCCGGAAUCAUUGGGGUUCAACAUUUUCUUCCAUCUUGUACAGGUUUCUGACUUAUUCAGGUUGUCAAUUCAGAAAACGCAAUUAUUCAAAGAUAAACUAGGUUGUAUGAGUAGUUUAUGUCACCUAAAAUCUACAUACAAAGAAAGGAAGAUGUCCUUUGAGACACAAAGAAAGUGACAUACAGAAAAACAACACGAAACCUGAAACAAAGAACUCCAUAAAAAGUACAAGAAAUAUUAUUUUUUUUCAAUAUUUGUAGGAACAGAUGAAUUCAUCUGAUGAUUCAGGCUUUGACUAUUUGCCUAGGUCUUUGUGAAUAUUGUGGCAACCAUCUAUAUAAA